AUGUCCGAUGUCAACAAGACGGUUCAGAAAUGGCAUGCCAGUUUCAAGAAAGGCACCGACUUUGACUCGUGGGGACAAUUAGUGGAGGCGAUAGAUGAGUAUCAAAUUCUUGCAAGACAACUACAGAAAGAGGUCCAGGCAAUGAAUUCAUCAGAUUUCAGUGAGGAGCAGAAGAAAAAUUUGGGAAAGAUUGCGACAUGCCUGGAGCUGAGAAGUGCCAGUCUGCAGUGCACUCAGCCAAAGGAGGACUUCAAGUUAGAAGACCUGAAGAAACUGGAGACCAUAAUAAAGAACAUUCUCACCUAUAACAAAGACUUUCCUUUUGAUGUGCAGCCAGUUCCCUUAAGGAAAAUCCUGGCUCCUGGUGAGGAGGAGAACCUGGAGCUUGAGGAGGAGGACGAUGCUGCGGCCGGGGCCGGUUCGACGGAGGCGUUCCCUCCUCGUGCUCCCGGAACCCUGUUGCCACGGUUACCAUCCGAGCCCGGGAUGACGCUGCUCACAAUAAAGAUUGAGAAAAUUGGGCUGAAGGAUGCGGGGCAGUGCAUCGACCCUUACAUGACCAUCAGCGUCAAAGAUCUGAACGGCCUGGAUUUGAAUCCAGUGCAGGACACGCCCGUGGCCACCAGAAAGGAAGACACCUACAUCCACUUCAGCGUGGACGUCGAGGUCCAGAGGCACGUGGAGAAGCUUCCAAAAGGAGCAGCUAUCUUCUUUGAAUUCAAGCACUACAAGCCCAAAAAGAGGUUUACCAGCACAAAGUGUUUUGGCUUCAUGGAAAUGGACGAGAUCAAACCGGGGCCGAUCGUGAUCGAACUGUACAAGAAGCCCACAGACUACAAGAGGAAGAAGCUGCAGCUCCUCACAAAGAAGCCACUUUAUCUCCAUCUGCAUCAAACGUUACACAAAGACAGCUAA